AUGGUAUUUAAUUUAUAUCUGGGAGUUACUCCACCAAUAUCGCAGAGCGAAUCCUCGGAGAGAGAGAAAGAAGUCACUGUCACUUUGAUGGCUGAACUGAGACGCCAAAAUACGUUCGAAAGCGAGGAUGAGGCGAAAAUGCGGGAGCUUGUCCUUGGCCGAGUCGCCGCACUUGUCAAAAAAUUCGUAUACGACCUUGGCAUUGCCCGCGGCUUGUCAGACACCGCUGCACGAGCGGCGGGUGGCAAGAUCUAUACAUUUGGUUCCUACCGAUUAGGCGUUCACGGUCCCGGCUCCGAUAUCGAUACACUAUGCGUCGUGCCCAAGCACGUUACAAGGGAGGACUUCUUCGAAAUCUUUGAACCAAUGUUGCGAGAUAUGGACGGUGCGACGGAAGUUUCUGGCGUUCCCGAGGCCUACGUCCCCAUCAUAAAAACCAAAAUCUCCGGCAUCCCACUAGACUUCUUGAUGGCACGACUGACUCUAUCAUCAAUACCGGACGAUUUGUCACUGCAAGACGAUAAUUUAUUACGAAAUCUAGACGAGCGUUGUGUACGAAGUUUGGGAGGAUGUCGAGUACAAGAGGAAAUUCUCAGGCUAGUGCCGAAUGUGCAAGUAUUCCGCGAUUCAUUACGAUGUAUAAAGCUCUGGGCUCAGAGACGAGCCAUAUAUUCCAAUGUGAACGGUUUUCUGGGUGGAGUAGCAUGGGCGAUUCUUGUUGCUCGAAUAUGUCAACUCUACCCUAAUGCGACCGCUGGUGCCAUUGUCAGCCGAUUCUUCAUAAUCAUGUAUCAAUGGUCAUGGCCGCAACCAGUACUACUGAAACAAAUUGAAGACGGGCCGUUGCAAGUCAGAGUUUGGAAUCCAAAGCUAUAUCCUGCAGACCGAACACACCGAAUGCCCAUUAUUACCCCCGCUUACCCUGCUAUGUGCUCUACCCAUAACGUGACUGAGUCAACCCAAAUGAUUAUGACGGAAGAAUUGAAGAAAGCUUCCGAGAUUGUCGACCGAGUCAUGAUCGGCAGUACGUCGUGGUCGGAGCUAUUCGCGAAGCACGACUUCUUCCACAAAUAUCGGUAUUACCUUCAAGUAAUUGCUUCCACAGGCGACCCCGACUUGCAAAUAAAAUGGUCGGGAACUGUCGAAUCUCGAAUAAGGCAGUUGGUUAUGAAACUCGAAUACGUCGACUCACUCAUAUUGGCUCAUCCGUUUAUUAAAGGCUUUGAACAGACGUCGUACUGUGCAUCGCCAGACGAGAUACGCGCCGUUGCCCAGGGCGAAAUCUCUGAAACUAUCAAGAAGCGAAAACCAGAAGACAUCGAAGGCAAGGAAGGUGGCGGACCGGUUUAUUCGACCACGUUCUAUAUUGGCCUAGCCAUUGAGCCAAAGCCAGCGGGAACCACUGGUCCGAGACGAUUGGAUAUAUCAUACCCCACGACUGAAUUUGUGAAGCUCGUCAAGAUGUGGGAGAAGUACGAAGAGCCACGCAUGGGAAUUGUCGUUCGACAUAUCAAGAGUGCUGCAUUACCGGACAAUGUGUUUGGACCUGGCGAACGGCAACCCAAGCAUGCCCAGAAACGCGCUAAGGGACCUAGCAAGUCUGGCAAUACAUCACCAGAUAUGCCUAACAAGAAACGACGAGCGUCCCACACGGAGCAAGAACCACCGAAGACCGCAGAGAUUGUCCCCUCAAUAUCUACAAUACCGGGCCUGCCUCUGACACCAAUGAGCGAAGUAUAUAACAACAAGGACCGACCGGACAUCAAGGCACCUGAGCUACCGUUUGGCGAGAACGUAUCAAUAGCCACUGGCACUGUUGGCGCUCAAUAA